CAGCUGAAUGCUAUCAGAUAUACGAUAUAUUGAGCAGGCUUCGGACGCCCGGCCCUCAUACACGAGAUAGGUAGAUAAAUAAGCUAAGCAAAGGAAAAGCCACACCGUCAACGAAAGUAUUUCUCGUCAGUCAGGCGUGCGAUAUUUCAACUACGGUCUAGUUCUCGGUUUGUGACUUUUGUUUAAUCAGGCCUUGAUAUAGUAUCAUCGGUAAACUAUUUGUUAACUACUAGAUAUAUAAAGUUUGACAAUUCCAGUAGCAACAGUGCAACCAAGUCUCAAGCCACGAUCAAGUGUGCAUCAGGACUAAAACCGUCCAGUCGUCUGUUCUUUUUCCAACCGGCUAUGCAUCGCUCCUAUGCUCUGCUCAUUGCCUUUACUUCCUUUGCUAUCGCUCAGACUCGGUCAUCUAAGCGUGGGUUGGUGUUUAUCCCGAAGCCUGCCAACCCGGCAGAUGAUAAAGUAUGGGUUCGGUCAGGAUCUGAUCUGACUUGGUACUACAAUUAUGAGUCGGAGCCGUCAUCUGCCUUUGAUGACAUACCCCAAGACCAGUUCGAAUUUGUCCCUAUGCUUUGGGGCGCUAUCGACGACACCUCCUUCCUCGAUUCUGUCCAGAGCCAGAUCGACUCCGGUCGUAGAAUCACGCACGUCCUCAGUUUCAACGAACCUGAUUCCCAGUACGAUGGCGGUAGUAAUGUCGAGCCCUCGAAGGCCGCGGAUGUGUGGAUAAAGAACAUAGAGCCUCUCGCUGAUAAGGGGGUGAAACUGGGAUUGCCGGCCUGCACUGGGGGUUGGGGAGGAAUACCGUGGCUCGAACAGUUUCUCGGGAAUUGCUCCGAACUGAUUAGCACCAAAAGUGAUAAUAAAAAGAACUGUACAUACGAUUUCGUGACCAUACAUUGGUAUGGGAACUUUGAAGGGCUAGCGAGUCAUAUGGGCUCAUACGCUGCUGCAUUUCCAAAUAUAACUCAAUGGAUUACCGAGUACAAUUUCGACAACCAAGACCUCGCCACGACCCAGGCAUUCUACAACACAUCCUCCGAGUAUUUUGACCGUGUGGAUUCCGUCGGUCGUUAUAGCUUGUUUGGCUCUUUCCGGUCUAGUGAUAGCAACGUCGGUCCUAAUGCCGCCAUGUUAAACAAGGACGGGCAGCUAACAGAUAUCGGCUCAUGGUAUUUGGGUAUGAGUGGCACGCACGUCGACCCUCAGUCGGGGGCAGGGAGAACUCAUAUAACCGUAGCAAGUGCUGUGGCUCUUAUGUUGGCUGGCGGUAUUUCCUUUAUAUUGUAACACUAGAGCUCUCCUUUGCUAAACCUUGGGAUUUUUUUUAGAGAUUAAGACGAGUAUGUAGGAGGGGUUUCUUGUUAUCUACAUAUGUGUACUUUAAAUGUUUUAAUUACAUAGCAGGAAAUGCCUUUCGAUUCGAGGAUUAAUCGGCCACUGUUUUGUAGUAAAGCUACAAGCCUAUGAGCUAGAUUUCUACUUUUUGUCAAGACUCAUCGAUGAUAUAAGACUUUGAUUUUGA